UAUUUAGUUCUAAAAUGAAUCUGACUUAAUUCAACAAGCAAUUCAUUAAACAUAUUAUCAUUAUCAUUCAUAAUUUUUUGUGAUAUAUUCAUACUCAGUGCAUUUUUUCAAACAACUGAUCGGUGUCUACACUUAAUCCAACAAGUUCAAUAAUCAAUCUAUUGUUGUGUUCUUCAAACAUGUACCGUACGUGGAGAAUUGGUCUCUGACUUUUUCGUACCAUCAAAAUAUUCAAAUCCUCAUAAAUAUAGCUUUUCAUGAGCCAAUAGUUGAGGAAUGAUUAUUUUCAUAUGAAUAAUUUUUAUUCUAAAUUUUAUUUGAGCUCUAAUAAACGAUAGUUUUUAUUGAUCUAUCGAUUGGCUGCACUGGGAGCAAAGAUCCCUUUCCAAGCCAAAAGCCAAGCCUCUGAGGUUGUUUGGUAAUUGGUUUUCUUGAAAAAAGUGUUUGUUUUUGGUGUUAUUUGUUAUUAAUUUGUAACUGUUUAUCAAGAAAUACUGAUCAAUAUGCCUGGCUUCAGUAGUGUUGGCACCUUCAAAAUAUUUGUUGGAAACUUGAUUGAUAAAACUACGUCAGCGGAUAUAAAGCCGCUUUUUGAAAAGUAUGGAAAAGUUGUAGAGUGCGACAUAGUUAAAAACUAUGGAUUUGUGCAUAUGGAAAAUGAAGAGGCCGGGCGGGACGCUAUUCAGAACUUGAAUGGGUACCUUGUUCAUGGUACAGCUAUGAAGGUGGAAGCUGCUACCAGUCGUAAAGGUCCUCAGGCUUCUACUACUAAAAUGUUUGUCGGUAAUCUUUCCGACACAGUUAAAGCUUCCGAUGUUAGAGCUCUAUUUGCCAAGUUUGGAACUGUCGUCGAAUGUGAUAUUGUUCGCAAUUAUGGAUUCGUGCAUAUCGAUACCACCGAUGUGAACACUUGUAUAAAAGAGUUGAACGGAUACGUGCUGGAUGGGCAAGCGAUGAAAGUUCAGGUUUCGACGAGCAGAGUUCGCCAGCGACCCGGCAUGGGAGACCCCGAGCAGUGCUACCGGUGCGGCAGGGGCGGCCACUGGUCCAAGGAGUGUCCGAAGACGGCGGGUCGCCUGGCCGGACCUGACCGCGGCUUCAGGGACCGCAUGUUCGGUCGUGACCCCUACCCACCGCCGCCGCCACCUCCAUUCUUGCGAGACAGCAUCAUGAGCGCCCGAUUUGGAGUCAAGGACAGCUACUACGACCGUUACUAUGACAGACCGAGCGGUCGAUUCGAGGACUCGCGCGACUCGUUCGAGAGGCGAUUCGCGCCGCUGCCACCACGUGACCUGGGCCCCCCGCCUCCGCCCCCCUCGCUGCGGUCGCGCGACUUCCUGCCGCCUCCCAUUUCGUCGCGCCGCGAACUGCCGCCAAUCAGCAGUCUGCGCAUGGGCUCCUCCUCGCUCAGGGACUCGUUCGAUCGCGGCAGCGAGUACAGUAUGUUUAGUCGCCGAUCGCCCCCUCCACCCUCUUCAUCCAGAUUCAGUCGCAGUAUGUACGAUGAUUAUUCCAGAGACUAUGAUGACCAUAGAAUGAAUCUGCGUGGUGCAUCCCCGCGCCGUUACGCGCCGUAUUAAGCCGUUAGUGGGCCGUUGGACGGUUGCGCGCGUGCGUGUGAUCGAGCUUCCGCCCCAUUUAACCAGAAUCCGAGGAGGACGGACCGGCCGGCCGUUUAUUCGCUCGCAACAACGUGCUCUCAAAAGACUCGAUCCAUUUAUCAAAUAUUCAUAGUCAUCCUAACACUAAAUAAUCGACUGAAGCUAUCGAUUUCCUCAUGUUUUUCAAAUUAGACAUAGUUACUUUUAUGUGCCGCAAAACAGUUGAACAUUUUAGUUUUUUGAGUUGCGUUGAUUAAUAUUAUUUAUUUUAUUCUGAGUCAUGUUUCAAUUGUUCAAUUAUAUUCUUUGAUCGAAUCAAUUAAAAUUGACUCUGAAAGGACGGGAUCAUCCGUGUUAUUGUGUAUUGAUGGUGAAUCUUCUAGUACUGUGGAUGUAUUUAGAUUUUAAGAAACUAGAAGUUAUCGGCGACGCUUAAAACUAUAUCAGAUUCGCCGCUACUAGAAUAAAAUUUGCUUUCGAUUUUGAAUGUUCAACUUAAUUUUACUUCUUGAUUGUCCAAUACUAUUUUAAUGAAAUAAAGUCUAGAAUAAAGUGAAA